CAGAGAGAGUUUAAUGAGCAGGACAAACACUGGAAUAUUCAUAAAUGCAAUAACAACUCCUUCUUCCAAGAACUCAGCUGGAAUGAAAAUUGGCUUUCACAACAAGUGUGUUAUCUACCCUCCUCGUAUGGGAGCUAGAUGAUAAUGGAUUAUCAUCACUAACAGUGCUCUAUAUAGAGCAGCUUCCCCCUUCCACCAAGUCUGCCACUGCCUGCACCUUCUGGAUCACACAGUUUUCAGCCUUGCUUUCUUUCCUACACUUGCUGGCACUGCAGCACAAUUUUUUUACUUCUCUCCUUGAUAGGACCUCAAGCUGCAAGAGGCUCAUAUAUCAAGACCAACAGUGAGGAAUGAACAGCCACACAGAUUUUUCAGGCCUGCUCUUCAACACUUCUCUGGAAAGUUCAGAGCAAUGUGGCAAGGAGACUCACAUGGAGAAUAUCUUUUUUGCUAUUUUCUACCUUCUGGAUUUCAUCCUAGCAUUUGUUGGCAAUGCUCUGGCUCUUUGGCUUUUCAUCCGGGACCAAAAGUCAGACACCCCAGCCAACAUUUUUCUGAUGCAUCUCGCUGUCGCCGACCUGUCUUUUGUACUAGUAUUACCAACACGGCUAGUGUACCAUUUUUCAGGCAAUCACUGGCCAUUUGGAGAGAUCCCAUGUCGGCUCACAGGCUUCCUUUUCUACCUCAACAUGUAUGCCAGCAUUUACUUCCUCAUGUGCAUCAGUAUAGAUCGUUUCUUAGCUAUUGUGCACCCUGUAAAAUCCCUCAAACUCCGCAGGUCACUCUAUGCCCAUUUGGCCUGUGCUUUCCUGUGGGUCAUAGUUGCUGUGGCAAUGGCACCCCUUUUGGUAAAUGUGCAGACAGCUGAGAUGAACAAUACUACCAUUUGCUUGCAGCUCUACCGAGAAAAAGCCUCACGCCAUGCUCUCGUGUCACUGGCUGUAGCAUUUACCCUUCCAUUUGUUACUACAGUGACUUGCUACUUAUUGAUUAUACGAAGUCUGAAGAAGGGGAACCGGAUUGAGAAUCAUCUAAAGGAAAGAGCCAUCAAAAUGAUAAUCAUGGUACUUAUGAUCUUCUUGAUCUGUUUUGUGCCUUAUCAUAUCAACCGCUAUAUUUAUAUCCUCAAUUAUGAUGGUGUGAAGACGUCUUGUGAAAUGCAGCGGAUUCUGGCUCUUGGCAACCGUAUUACUUCCUGUCUCACCAGCUUAAAUGGUGCCCUUGAUCCUGUCAUGUAUUUCUUUGUUGCUGAAAAGUUCCGGGAGGCCUUGUGUGGCUUGUUUUGCAGCAAAAAGUCUGCAAGAUUACCAUCAAGUUAUGAUGGGAAAACAAAUGAUAGCUCCUUAAGUGCUAAAUCUGAACUAUAAAUAUUUGAAAACAAUUGAUGUUGUUUUUCAAGGACUUUUCCAUCUAACACCAUUACUUCUCCUAAAAAGCAGAUCAGUGUUUCUCCAGGAAUACAACCUGUUGUCAAACUUCACAUUUAAGAACAUUUAAAUGACAACAUACAAAGCAAAUUUAAUAAGAAGGAAAUAGAGUACUGGAUGAUCUUCUCCCACCUAAAACAUUUUUGGCUCAGUCAGUGCAGAAAAUGCCCCCCUCUCCUCCAUGCUCUGGUAUUUCUUUUCUUUUCUUUUUUUUUCAUCCUGCCACUCUAUCUCGGGGCUUGAAGAGGAAUGAAUGAUCCAUUGAAGCCAAGCCAUCCUCUAGUUAGAGUGUAAUGUUUUAUGGCAUUCAACUAAAAGAAAUACUGGGGCCAUAGGUUUACACUCACAGAGGUUUGGUUAUAACCAGAACUUCUGAAGCAGACAUAACCCCCCUGCAUCCUCUCCAUGAGAGGCACCUGUAUCCUAUUCUAAUCUGCAAUGUGUUUGUUGGGUCAAACACAUCUUUUUGCAUACUCAUCACUAGCAAGUACUAAUUUCCAGAGGUCUGUGUUGUCAGAGUAUAAAGAUAUAAUUGCAUUAAAAAUAAAAGUGGCGUAACAGUUGCACUUCUGUUGCCUGAAAUUAAUACAAAUAACUGAAUAGCUGGGGCCUGAGGAAUAAAGCUUUUAAAAGUCACAAUUGCUUCAAAAAUAAGGAAGGAAGGAAGGAAGGAAGGGAUGCUGCAUUGAAGCAUAACAGCAUAUAUUGCUUCAAAUGAUAUACUGUACAGCUUAAGAUUUGAUAGUUAUGAUACGUGCAUGCUUUUUCUCCACUCUUAACAUAUAUACUCAUCUAUACGUCUAAACAUUUAUGACCAAAAAUUGACCCUCAAAUCCCAGGCUGAUUUAUUUACAGGUCAAUAUGGUAAUGUGAUAACAGCUCUUUCAGAUUUUUCCAUGGAGUUUCUUUUUCUCUCAAUCCAAGCAGCAAGAGGCCUGGGUAAUUAAUUGCUAUUAAACAGAGUCCCUCUCCCGCCUAUGCUGGACGCCAGUGUCUGGAGAGUGAAGGGUGAAAGCAAAGUUGAAACACCGAAGCAAAAAGCCUUAAAUAGAGUCUCUCUUGCUGUGCACACACUGAAGGAGCCUUCAAACUCAACUUAUCCAAGGGUCAUGGCAACAUCCAUAAUUUUGGCCCCAAAACCUGCCCUUGACUUAUAUAUGAUGUUGACUUAUAUUUGAAUAUAUACAGUACAGUAUUUUGUGCAUUUUGGAAUGUUUUUCCUGUUAACUCAUUCUCCAGUAUCUAUAUUUCAAAACUGAGAAAAUUGAGAUAGGUAAGGAAAUCUGAACUCUGAGCUUUGAGAAGAUUGUGAAUGUGGAUUCUGAUGGGACACAAAUAAUAAAAAGAAUUCUACAGAGGCUUCACCACACUUAGUUCAACAAAGAAAGAAUAUUUGGAUCCUUUUACAGCUCAAACAAUUGUCUGACCUUUUGUCUAGGUACAAUAUUGAACAGAAUAUAAAAUGCUACCUUAUAAUUUAAAUCACUUCUUUGUUAGCACCUGGGCUGUUAAUAUUAUUUUCAACAACAUGCUUAGAACAAUUAUUUAACAUAAAUCAUUUUAUUUUAUGUUUAAAUUUUUAUAUUUGUGUACAGUAGGCCCUCUGUAUCUAUGGAUUCUGCAUCCACUGAUUCAACCAUCAAUGGAUUAAAAUAUUAAAUAAUAAAUAAAUUCCAAAAAGCAAACUUAGAUUUUGCCAUUUGAUAUAAAGGACACCUUUUUAUUACAUCAUAGUAUAUAAUAGGAUUUGAGCAUCCACAGAUGUUGGUAUCCACUGAGAGUAUCCACUAAACCUCAGCGGAUACCAUGGUCCCACUGUAUAUGUUUAAUUAAUCUCCCUUCCCUCCCUCUCAUAUGCACAAGUAACUCAAAGUUCUGUAGAGAGCUUUGUACAAAUAAUUAAUCCAUUUUAACAGCUUUUGAUGCAAUUCUUGCUGAUAUAUUUGUCCUUAUCCAAUGCAGACUGGACUUACCAUAUCCACAUUAGCAAAACAAAGACCCUUAGUUCCAAAAAACUAUACUAGUACUUCUGUCUCUGUGCCAAUGUAAUGUUGCUGCAAGUUUGGUACAUCAGGGUUUUGCUAUAAUUUUUGUGGUCUCCGCGAACCUCUGAUGAUGAGCACUUGCAUGCUGCACAGCAAAUUAGUUCUUCAGAAGUUAUAUUUUCUAUAAUAUCUGGGAGAUAGCACCAUCUUCAUAUGUUUAGCUGACACACUGUGGGCUCAUCUGGAGUUUGCCUUUUAGCUAUGGAAUGCUGACUGCUUUCCUACAAUGCAUAUUCUGGAUAGUCAAAAUGGCCAACAUAUGGAUCCUAGAGCAAAUUCAGCCUCAAUGUUCCCUAAAAGCCAGAAUAUCAAAACUGAGGCUAUCAUACUUUGGCCAUUCUGUGAAAUGACAUAACUCAUUAGAAAAAUAUGGCAGCUGUGAUUUUAUAUCAGCUGCUUAACUACUGUACAUAGACAAGUAGUUUCUCCUAACUCAACCUUUCCACAUCCUCAUCUGCUGGGCAGCAGCCAUAGUGAGCAAGACAGUCUAUUCCUUUGUCUAUUAUGAAGCUGUGGACUGAUGUUUCCACCUUUAGAAUGAUCUCUGGUGCAACAGUCAGAAGUAGCAUCCCUGUGGCAAUUCCUCCUUGCUCUGGAGAUAGCUCAUAAGGGGUGAGUGAGGUGCAAAUAUUAAACAGUUUCUUCCUGAUCGAUAGGGUAACAGACCUUUGUUGCUUGCAGCAGCAGCUACCUAAUAAUUGACCACUGUUGGCAACAGGGUGUCUUGGAGGUCUCUCAUUCAUAGGGUUGCCAUAUGUCAAGGCCACUGAUUAAGAAGAACAAUGUAUUUAAUUUUUUCAUAGCUGUUCUAUUCAGUAGUCAGUUUGGAAUGAUAGAAAUCCAAAGCUUAUGUUUUGAAUAUUGCUGCAUAGUGUUACUUGGGGUUUUUUUAUUUCCUUGAAGGACAUAUUAUUACAGUACUUCCUUUAUCUCCAUAGUUUAUUUUGUUUUCCAGCAUGGCAUACAUUAAAAUACUUAAGAGACUA